GACGAAUUUUCUAUUUUUGAUGAAGCUCGUGCGUUUAUAGAAGAUUAUGCAGCACAAACCAAUGUUGUUGUAAUCAUAGCAAGAACAACAAAAAAUUCUGAUGGUAGUGGUUAUAGACAGGCACUUUUUGCUUGUGAAAAACAGGGGAGUUAUAAUGGAAAAAAAGAAGCACAUACCACUAAGCGGAUAG